UUUUUUUGUCUUGUUGAUUUUUUCAUGUGUAAUUAAAGUUUGAUUGAGUUAACAUUUUUAAUGUUCUUUUUCACUAGUAAAAAAUAAGCAUAAUAAUAUUAAAAUUCUGGUCUAAUUGAAAAUUUCUAGAUCACAGCAUCUUUGGAUUAUCCUCCGGUGGCUUUGAUCCAACCAAAUGGAAAAGGUAUAGGAUGUGUGUAACUGUGUUAUGCUUAUGUAGUUCAAUAUCAUCAUCAUCGAUUUAUUUUGUGCUGUCAAUAAAUCUAGCUGGUGAAUUGGCAGUAUGAGAUGGGUGAGGUUAUUGAAUCCGGUGCCUUUAGUGUUGUUAACAAAGGUCUCCUUCUCGAGACUAAACAGACUGUAGCUAUAAAGAAGGUGUAUGCUUCGGACGACUUGCACAACGGUGUCCCAAGUACAAUAAUGCAAGAAAUCUCUCUGCUGAAUGAGAUGGAACAUGCCAACAUUGUCAAGUUGCUGGAAGCAAUACCCAUUACUGACAAAGAAGGCUACAUGAUUUUUGAAUAUCUGGACUAUGAUCUGGAGAAAUUCAUGAAGAAAUUUCCAAAAGAAUCUAAGAAUAAACAAAGAAUAAAGAAUUUUCUGCGUCAAAUUCUUUCUGGUCUUGCGUACUGUCAUGAGCUCAAAAUUGUGCACUGUGAUUUGAGGCCUGACAAUUUGCUGGUAGAUCACGAUGGCUCCGUGGUGAAGAUUGCAGACUUUGGAUUGGCCAGGAAAUUUGGUAGUCCUCUUGGGGAAUAUUGUCCGGAGGUAGUAAAUUUAUAUUACAUGCCACCAGAAAUCCUCCUUGGCUCCCACUUAUACUCCACCCAUGUCGAUGUGUGGUCUGUAGGCUGUAUAUUUGCUGAGAUGAUUAAUCAUCGGCAUCUGUUUAAUAAAUUCUUCGAGAAAGAUCGUCUGCAGAAAAUUUUUAGCAUUAUGGGGACACCAGAUGCAACAACAUGGCCUGGAGUGACCUCACUACCGGAUUACAUACCUGAUGACUUUCCCAAGCAAGAUCCUAAGAACCUGGCAGAAUAUGUUCCUAAUCUUGAACCAGCUGGAGUCGAUCUUCUUUCUGCAAUGCUCUGCAUAAAUCCAGCUAGAAGAAUUUCAGCUCUUGAUGCGCUCGCACAUGUGUACUUCAAGAAUGAUGAUGGUGAUGAUGAUGAAGAAGAAGAAGAUUAUGAUGGUGAUGAUGCUGCUGAAAAAUAAGAGGAUUAUGUUGGUGAUGAUGAUCCUUGAUUCCAUGUCCUCAACUUUUCUUUGCUGUUGUUGUUGUCAGUUCACAGAGUAUCUGUUGGUGGUCUUUCUUUCAUUCAUUUUAAAUUUUCUCCACACUCAGAACGCUUUUGUUGCAACCAAUUUGUGCUAGGAACAGGCUUUAUGCAAUUAUGUAAUUAGGUUUUAUAAACUUAGAUCUCAAUCUAACUCAACUCAACAAAUUUGUCUACAUCCCAAUCCAUUUGAUUUGGUUUCAAGAAACA